AUGUGCGGGAGGCGCCCGGAGUUUCACUUUGAAACUUUUCGGGGGCGGGACCCGCCGGUCAGGUGCAGCCGCCGCGCGGGCGCCGCAGGGAGGAGGGGCACGAUGAACAACUCCCUGAUCCUGGAGCUGUGGCGGUACAAGGCGGUGUCCGUGCGUGAGCGGCUGGGCAUCGGGGACCAGCCCAACGACUCGUACUGCUACAACACGGCCAAAAACAGCACCGUGCUCCAGGGGGUCACCUUCGGGGGCGUCCCCACUGUCCUGCUCAUAGACGUCAGUUGCUUCCUGUGUUUGAUCUUGGUGUUUUCCAUCAUAAGAAGGAGAUUCUGGGAUUAUGGCCGUAUCGCCCUGGUGUCAGAAGCGGACAGCGACUCCAGGUUCCAGAGACUGUCAUCGUCGUCCUCUUUUGGGCAACAAGAUUUUGAAAGCGAGCUGGGAUGCUGUCCCUGGCUGACUGCCAUCUUCCGCCUGCACGAUGACCAGAUUCUGGAGCGGUGUGGGGAGGACGCCAUCCACUACCUGUCCUUCCAGAGACAUGUCAUCUUCCUGCUGGUGGUCGUCAGCUGCUUGUCCCUGUGCGUCAUUCUGCCCGUCAACCUCUCGGGUGAUUUGCUGGACAAAGACCCUUACAGCUUUGGGAGGACGACCAUCGCAAACCUGCAGACGGACGAUGACCUCCUUUGGCUGCACACUGUCUUUGCCGUCAUCUAUCUCCUCCUCACCGUGGGCUUCAUGAGACACCACACCCGGUCCAUCCAGUACCAGGAGGAGAACUCGGUGAGGCGGACCUUGUUCAUCACGGGACUCCCCCGAGACAGCAAGAAGGAGACGGUGGAGACCCACUUCCGGGACGCAUAUCCCACGUGCGAAGUGGUGGACGUACAGUUGUGCUACGACGUGGCCAGGCUGAUUCACCUGUGCAGGGAGAGGAAGAAGACAGAAAAGAGCCUGACCUAUUACAUGAACCUUCGGGCGAAGACAGGCCAGUGGACCCUCAUCAACCCCAGGCCCUGCGGCCAGUUCUGCUGUUGCAAAGUGCCGGGGUGCGAGUGGGAGGAUGCCGUCUCCUACUACGCACGCAUGAGGGACAGGCUGCUGGAGAGGAUCGCGGACGAGGAGCGCCGGGUGCAGGAGCAGCCCCUGGGCAUGGCCUUCGUCACCUUCCAGGAGAAGUCCAUGGCCACCUACAUCCUCAAAGACUUCAACGCCUGCAAGUGUCAGAGCCUCCGGUGCAAAGGCGAGCCCCAGCCGUCCUCCUGCAGCGCGGAGCUCCGUAUCUCCAAGUGGACGGUCUCCUUUGCCACGUACCCCGAGGACAUCUGCUGGAAGAACCUCUCCGUCCAGGGUUUCCGCUGGUGGCUCCAGUGGCUGGGCAUCAACUUCACUCUGUUCGUGGGGCUCUUCUUCCUGACCACCCCCGCCAUCAUCCUGUCCACCAUAGACAAGUUCAAUGUCACCAAACCCAUCCGUGAGCUCAACGACCCGGUCAUCAGUCAGUUUUUCCCCACCCUCCUCCUGUGGUCCUUCUCGGCCCUGCUCCCCACCAUCGUCUACUACUCCACGCUGCUGGAGUCUCACUGGACCAAGUCAGGAGAAAACGAGAUUAUGAUGUCCAAGGUCUAUAUAUUCUUGAUCUUCAUGGUGCUGAUCCUGCCGUCCCUUGGCCUCACCAGUCUGGAUUUUUUCUUUCGGUGGCUCUUUGACAAAACUUCCUCCGAAGCCUCUAUCAGGUUGGAGUGCGUCUUCCUGCCCGACCAGGGCGCCUUCUUCGUGAACUACGUCAUCGCCUCAGCCUUCAUUGGCAAUGGCAUGGAGCUGCUGCGGCUGCCGGGCCUGGUCCUCUACACCUGCCGCAUGGUCGUGGCCAAGACGGCCGCCGACCGCAGGAACAUCAAGCAGAACCAGGCCUUCCAGUACGAGUUCGGAGCCAUGUACGCGUGGAUGCUGUGCGUCUUCACCGUCAUCAUGGCCUACAGCAUCACCUGCCCCAUCAUCGCGCCCUUCGGCCUCACCUACAUCCUGCUCAAGCACCUGGUGGACCGUCACAACCUGUACUUUGCCUACCUCCCGGCCAAGCUGGAGAAAAGGAUCCACUUAGCGGCCGUCAACCAGGCCUUGGCCGCCCCCAUCUUGUGCCUCUUCUGGCUCUAUUUCUUCUCCUUCCUGCGCCUGGGUCUGAAGGCCCCCCUCACCCUGUUCACCUUCCUGGCCGUCCUGCUCACCAUCCUGGUCUGCCUGGUCUAUACCUGCUUCGGAUGCUUCAAGCACCUCAGCCCUCUGAACUACAGGACGGGAGAAUCGGCCAGCGACAAAGGGAGCGAGGCCGAGGCCCACAGGCCACCGCCGUUCACGCCCUACGUGCCCCGGAUUCUGAGCGGCUUGUCCUCGGAGAGAACGGCCCUGUCCCCACAGCAUCAGCAGACUUAUGGAGCCGUCUGUGACAUCAGUGGGACCGUCCUGGGGCAGUGUCCCGCCCAGGGCCCUGGGGACAGCGACAGCAGGCCGGCUGCCUACCAGGAGGCCUGAGGGCGGCCGGGCCAGGCUCCGAGGACGGA